AAAUAUAUAUUGAACAAAUAGAUAAAGCAGUUAUAUAUUAUGGUAAAAAGGUUGAUUUUAAAGAUCUAGAAAAUUUAACAUUAGAGACAGUUGAAAAUAGACCAGUUGAACUUAAAUAUAAUUUUUGCCAAAUAUAUCUUAAUAAACUUUUUGAAGAAAUUGAUCAUUCUUUAGUCAUUAAAGUUUGGAAA